UAGAAAUUUAGUGCUAGGACUCUUCCCCUAUCUGCCGCCCCAAUCCCGAUGGACUCCCCCUCGCCCUCGCCGCUGAUCCAUCCCAACCCUCUCGCGGCAGCAGCUUCCUUCCUCCGCCACCAUGUCUCCCGCCUCGGCUCUGAGCUCUCCUCACGCGUCGAUCAGGGCCGCCGGUUCGUUCUGACUGCCGCAUCCCCGCGGCUCUCUUUGCCCCCUUUUGCGGCUGCUUCCGUUGGUUCGGCGGCCGCGGCUGCGGCCUCGCCGUCCCAAGGGAAGCAUGCUUUUGAUCUCGCACUCAGCGCCGACUACGUAGCCAAGACGCUGGUCGGGACGGCGGUGUACACGGUGAGCAACUCCAACAACGAGUUCGUCCUCAUUUCCGACCCCAAUAAUAGCUUCCGGUCCCUUGGGAUACUGUGCUUCCGGCAAGAGGAUGCUCAGACCCUCCUCGCGCAGGUUAAGUUGCGGCAACCCAUUUUGGGCAGGGGAGCAAAAGUUGUACCCAUUACCCUCGAUCAGGUUUAUAUGCUAAAGGUUGAAGGAAUUGCUUUUCGUUUUUUACCAGAUCCUCUUCAGAUAAAGAAUGCUCUGACGUUAAGGUCUGCAGAUAUCUCAAAAGGCUUUGAUGGAGUUCCUGUCUUUCAGUCAGACCUUCUGGUUGUUAAAAAAAAAAACAAGCGCUACUGCCCCAUAUAUUUCCAGAAGGAAGACAUAGAAAGAGAACUGCUCAAAGCUUCCAAGCCAUCAAGAGGAUCAGGAUUAUAUCAAAACAUAAUGGUCGGAAGUUUGGAAGAUGUAUUGAAAAAGAUGGAGAUGAAUGAUAAGGAUUCUGGUUGGGAUGAUUUGAUUUUCAUUCCCCCUGGGAAAAGCUACACAGAACACAUCAAUGAGGUCGCAGCCUGAUGCGCAUGGCACAGAAGGGGAUACUGAGGUGAGUCGUUUGUACUCGUCUCCCCAGCUCUUAAUCAUACCAGGUCGUCGCCCAUCGACUAUCAUUUUUUCAUCAUCAGACUGAUUUUAAAGUCUCAUAGGGUUUAUUCAAGUGAGUUUAAUCUGGAGGUUUAGAAAACUUGUUCCACAACGACAAUUUGAGGGGUGCUAGGGCAAAAGGAAACAUACUGGUUAGAGUGAGUGCAUUGAUAAUUCUAUGCAGGGGAUGAAUAAAUUUCAUUCUUUUCCUGUUUCUUUGGUUUAUCGAUGUCAUUCCGAUCGUAAGUUUAUCACUCACCUGUUCUUCAUUGCAAAAUUUUUGGCUUUAAUCUUAAUUUUUCUUCUGCAACAAUGCAUGUAUUCAUGACUACUAUUCCUUAUGGGAAAUUGUUUUGAACA